AUGCCAUACGGAAAUUGUACUCAAGGGAACUCGAACACGGAGCCUUUUAUAGCCGGACAUAACAUGAUCCUCGCACACGCAAAGGCAGUUCAAAUAUACCAUACUAAAUAUCAGAAAGAACAAAAGGGAAUCAUUGGCAUGGUGGUACAAACAUCUUGGUUUGAACCUAUAAGCGACUCUAUUGCAGACAAAAAAGCUGCAGAAAGAGCUCAAUCUUUUUACUCAAACUGGAUUCUAGAUCCUGUUGUAUAUGGAAAAUAUCCGGAAGAAAUGGUGAAACUCCUUGGAUCAGCCUUGCCACGAUUUUUAAGCAGUGAAUUGAAGAGCCUAAAAAACUAUAAAUCAGACUUUUUGGGUAUUAAUCACUAUACAAGUUACUUCGUACAAGAUUGUUUGGUCUCUGCUUGUAAUUCUGGAGAUGGAGCUUCUAAAAGUGAAGGACUUGCCCUCAAAUUAGAUAGGAAAGGCAAUGUUACAAUCGGAGAACUUACUGAUGUAGGUUGGCAGCACAUUCAUCCUGAAGGAUUUCGAAAGAUGUUGAAUUACCUAAAAGAUAGGUACCGCAACAUACCAAUGUUCAUCACUGAAAACGGUUUUGGAGAUUUGCAAAAGCCUAACACGACGGUUAAAGAACUUCUGCAUGAUACAAAAAGGAUACAAUACUUGAGUGGAUAUUUGGAUGCUCUGAAAUCAGCAAUAAGGGAUGGAGUAAAUGUGAAGGGCUAUUUCGCAUGGUCGCUAUUAGAUAAUUUCGAGUGGUUUUUUGGAUACACGGUUCGAUUUGGGCUAUUCCACGUGGAUUAUAAAACUCUCAAAAGAACACCAAAGAAAUCAGCUUCUUGGUACAAGAACUUCAUUAAACAGCACGUGAACUAA